AUGGAUGAAUUGCCGUCAAUACUCAAGGGUGUGGACGUGUUUUCACUCCUUGAAAUACAAGUUGACGAAAAUAUCGAUGUAGAAGAGUCCAAAAAAAGUUUAAGGAAAUUAUUUCUGAGAAAAGCCAAAAAAUUACACCCGGAUAAGCAAAAGAAGGAUGGAGAACAAAACGACUUGGAGUUUGUGAGAAUAAAGGCGGCUUUCGACUUCUUGCAAACGAAAAAUAACUUUUCAGUGUUAUAUAAUCAAACUCUAGCGGAAUUAAGAGCUAAAAGGAGAAGACUUGAGAGGUCGAAAGAUAUAUCAUCGAAGCAGGCGACAUAUUUAGAUUCUUUGUUAAAAAGAGAAAAGGAAGCAUUUGAAAAAAGAGCUCAAGAACAAAGAAAAUCAUCUAAAUCAGAACAUGAUGAAAAUGAAGAUAGAAGUUACUAUGAUUAUGUGUUUGGAUCUUUUCAAAACGAGAGUAAGGAAGUCGAACUCAGUUUGGGGCAGCUGAUAAUUGCAGCUAAAACACUCGAAAUAGCAAACGGGUCUGAAAUAAACUGCCUUCUGUUAAGUAGUCACUUUCCGAGACUGUUUGAUAACUAUGGACUCCUUAGGGUGGAGCCCCUGGAAGUGAUUGACACCCAAGUGGAUAAGAAUAUCAAGAUUGGUAGAAUCAUUUUUAGAUCAAAGGAACAUGCGAUGCGGGCACUUUUACACUAUCGAAACAAUAGAGCUAGAUUUCGCUGUGAUUUGUACGCUCUGGCUCUUGGAAAGAACGAACCCUUGGAGCCAAAACACGACGAAGAGAAUUUUGAAAUGUACGAAGCCUCUGUUUUAAAAAGAUUUCGAGCUUUGGCUAAGUGUAAUAUAAACUAA